AUGCAAGGGUGUUACACAUAUGUACGCAGUUUUAACAUGUCAAUCGAUGAUAAUAAUGAUGAACCAUAUCUCAUUCUAAGUGAUCCACGUAAUGGAGAUGCUGAAGUUGAACGUUUUCGUAUUGGUCGUAUACUCUAUCCUCGGUAUCGAAUAACUCCUCCAGAUGUGUGUCCAGUAAACAAUCUACUCACAUUCACUAUCAAAGCUGGUUCAAUGGAUGAUGGACGUCCAAGACGCAAUGAAAUACAUUUAUUUCAAGUUUUAACUUGUCCUGCUCAAACAAUUGUCAAUGUUUUACUGAGAGCUGGAGCUCUAGACAAUGAUUCAUAUGAUCAAGACAUAAAUGACUCCAUGCUAAUCUCCAGGGCUCCAUCUGAACCAAAUCUAAGGAUACCAUUACAAACAAGUUCAAGUGGAAUUCAACUUCCACCAAUGAUUACCAAAGAGGAUAGUGUAUAUAGUGAAUCACAAAUCAAUCGUGAGUGGAUUGACUUAGAGGUUGCACUGCUUAAUCACUGUUUUGAUGACAUUGAAUCAAAUUACAAAAUUUUGAAAAGCAGAACAACUCGACAGUUCUCUAAAUCAGCACCAUCUGUUGCUACAUCGAGUAAAUCAAAAAGUCGAGUUUCAAGUAUUAGUGUAAAUCAAAAUUCUACUUUGGUCAGUGAGUUAGAUGAACCUGUGAAAAAAUGUGCUGUUGAUUUCUUUGAAAAACUCAAAUUUGCAUGCAUUCUAUUGGCAAGACUUCAAGACUAUCUUGUAGAUCCGAAUUCUGCUCACUUGGCUAGACAAUUAUUUGAAUUUUUAAAAUAUGGAGUUGAUGCUACACGAAACCCUAAAACAAAUAGAUCAAGCAUUGCUCAAUCAACUAUUUAUCCACUAUUACCAGAUUAUGUUGUGCUUUUUAUUCAAUCGAACUUGACAAAUGAAUAUGAAAGACUAUGGCGCAAUCUUGGAGAUGCAUGGAAUGUACCAAGGAAGGACUCUCCUUACGAAGAUCGCGUUUAUAUACCCAACUUUGAGAACAGAUUCACGGUGGUUCCACAUGAAUACGAACCAUCAUUGUUUAAAUACAACUCUCCAAAUGUGAUUGAUAGACAAGAGACAAGAUAUAUGCUCCCGCCAGGCAGUAAUUUUAAUGUGAAUCAAUCUUCUAGAACACCACGUGACAAAACCAAACUUGUCCAAGUUAUUGAGUCGUUUGAAGCAAGCUCUGAAAGAGAAUUAACAGUAGAAAAUGGUGAAUGGGUAAAAAUUUUAGAAAAGAAUGGAAAAUGGUAUAAAGUUCAGAAUAAGUUUGAUGAAGAAGAAACGAAGAAAAUUAAAUAUGAAUUCGUUGAAGACAUUCAAAGAACUCUAAAGAAAUUAUUUAGUUUUAAUCAAAAUACUUUCAUCUCUUUCAUCUCUUGA